AUUAAAAUGUUUACUUUGACAGGCAAUAGCAGCAGCUGCAGCAGAGAUGACAGAGUUUGGUGGUGAAAGUGGACCUUCAGACAGUUCUUCCGAAGCAUCCAAGCUUAGCUCAAAAAGUGCCAAAGAAAGGAGAAAUAGACGGAAGAAAAGAAGGCAGAGGGAGCAUUCUGGAGAAGAGGAUAACAUGAAAGAUAGAAAGCUUUCAAAAUCUGAGUCAGAUGGCAGCAUCAGAAGGAAAGAUUUCAGAUUUUCUUUCGAUGGCAACAAACUUGCUUACGGGACUCGGCUCGCAUCACCCCACCAGUCUUUACUAAGCAUUCGUGGCUCCCUGUUUUCUCCCAGACGUAGUAGCAGAACAAGUCUUUUCAGUUUUAGAGAUCAUGGAAAAGAGAUAGGAUCUGAAAAUGACUUUGCUGAUGAUGAACACAGCACAUUUGAUGAUAACGGAAGCAGAAGAGGUUCUCUUUUUGUACCAUUGAGACGCAGUGAACGACGUGGUAGUAACAUUAGUCAGGCCAGCAGAUCGUCAAGAAGGCUGAUGAUGUUUCCGGUGAAUGGGAAGAUGCAUAGCACUGUGGAUUGCAAUGGAGUGGUUUCUUUAGUGGAUAGACCUCCAUGUCUCUUGUCGCCUACAGACCAGCUUCUGCCAGAGGUGAUAAUAGACAAACCAACAACUGAUGACAAUAGUACUACUACAGAAAUGGAAAUAAAAAAGAGACGUUCAAGCUCGUAUCAAAUACCGAUGGAUUUGCUGGAGGAUCCCAAUCUAAGACAGAGAGCCAUGAGUAUAGCUGGCAUCAUCACAAAUACAAUGGAAGAACUUGAAGAGUCCAGACAAAAAUGUCCACCCUGCUUGUAUAAGUUUGCCCACACAUACUUAAUUUGGAAUUGUUGUGAGUUUUGGUUAAAAGUGAAGAGUAUAGUUUCAUUUAUUGUAAUGGACCCACUUGUUGAUCUGGCUAUCACUAUUUGCAUAAUUUUAAACACACUGUUUAUGGCCUUGGAGCAUUAUCCAAUGACGGAGGCUUUUAACAAUAUACUUAAAGUAGGAAAUCAGGUUUUUACUGGAAUUUUUGCAGCAGAAAUGGUUCUCAAGAUAAUUGCCAUGGAUCCUUUUUAUUAUUUCCAAGUUGGCUGGAAUAUUUUUGAUAGUUUUAUAGUUACCCUCAGUUUGGUGGAACUUUUUCUGGCAAAUGUGGAUGGAUUAUCUGUUCUACGAUCGUUCAGAUUGCUUCGAGUUUUUAAACUGGCAAAAUCUUGGCCAACUCUAAAUAUGCUGAUUAAGAUUAUUGGCAAUUCAGUGGGGGCGUUGGGCAAUUUGACCCUGGUGCUGGCCAUCAUUGUGUUCAUUUUUGCUGUGGUUGGGAUGCAGCUGUUUGGGAAAUACUACAAGGAAUGUGUCUGCAAGAUCUCCAGUGACUGUGUGCUUCCACGCUGGCACAUGCAUGACUUUUUCCACUCUUUCUUGAUUGUAUUCCGAGUGCUGUGUGGAGAAUGGAUAGAAACGAUGUGGGACUGCAUGGAGGUUGCAGGGCAGCCUAUGUGCCUUACUGUCUUCAUGAUGGUGUUGGUGAUUGGAAACCUAGUGGUAUUGAACCUUUUUCUGGCCUUGCUGCUGAGUUCAUUUAGUUCAGACAGCCUUUCUCCUACCGAGGAUGAUAAUGAAAUGAAUAAUUUACAGAUAGCUGUUGCAAGAAUUCAGAAGGGAAUAGAUUAUGUGAAGGAAAAAGUAGGUGAAUAUAUUCAAAAAUCUUGCUGGAGAAAACAAGUGGCUGCAAAUGAAAGAACAGCAACAGAUCAGUUGAGUGAUGAAAAACACCAUUGCAUUUCCAACUGUACCAUUGCUGAAAUAAAGAUAGAUACAACUUACCACAAAAAUGGGAAUGGAACAGCCGAUGUUAUGGGAAACAGUGACUAUCCAUUGUUCAUAAACAACCCAAGCCUUACUGUUACAGUACCGAUAGCUGUUGGAGAAUCUGACUUCGAACAUCUAAAUACAGAAGAGUUUAGUAGUGACUCAGAUUUGGAGGAAAGCAAGGAGAAGAUAAAUCUUUCCAGCUCAUCUGAAGGAAGUACAGUUAAUUUGGCUCUCUUCGGAGAAGAAAAAGACUGAAACCGAACCAGAAAAAGCAGCAGAGCUACAGACAUGUUUUACAGAAGGCUGUAUACAGAAGUUUAAAUGCUGUAGAUGUAAUAUGGAAAGCAGAAGAGGAAUAAUUUGGUGGAACCUUAGAAAAACUUGCUACAGG